CAGGUAGGCCAAGGAACUUAUAGCAAUGUGUACAAAGCCCGAGAUCGCGACACUGGAAAGAUAGUUGCUUUAAAGAAGGUUCGAUUCGAUACGUCAGAAACUGAGAGCAUAAGGUUCAUGGCAAGGGAAAUCAUGAUCCUGCAGAAGCUGGACCAUCCGAAUAUCGUUAAGCUUGAAGGCCUUGCCACUUCUAGAAUGCAAUACAGCCUCUACUUGGUCUUUGAAUUUAUGCACUCUGACUUGGCAACGGUCAUCUCUCGUCCCGGGGGAAGGCUAACGGAACCUCAGGUUAAGUGUUACAUGCAACAGUUGUUAGCUGGCCUGAGACACUGCCACGAGAAGGGUAUACUACACAGAGACAUCAAGGGUUCGAACUUGUUGAUCGAUAAACAGGGAGUGCUGAAAAUUGCUGAUUUCGGGCUUGCGAAUCAUUUUAAUCCCAAUAAGAAGCGGCCUCUUACCAGUAGAGUAGUGACACUCUGGUAUAGGUCUCCUGAGCUGCUCCUUGGCUGUACAGACUAUGGAGUGGGUGUUGAUCUCUGGAGUGCCGGAUGCCUUUUGGCUGAAAUGUUUGCUGGAAGGCCUAUUAUGCCUGGCAAGACCGAGGUCGAGCAGCUCCACAGAAUAUUCAAGCUCUGUGGAUCACCACCAGAAGAUUUUUGGAGAAGACUGAACCUCUCUGCGAGCUUCCGGCCUCCACAACCGUAUAGACCAUUAAUUACCGAAGCAUUCAAAGAUUUCCCUUCUUGUUCCUUGGGUUUGUUGAAGAUGCUUCUCGCGCUAGACCCUUCAUGUCGCGGGAGUGCAUCGUCUGCUCUGCAAAACGAAUUUUUCGGCACCAGCCCCCUGGCCUGCGAUCUUUCAGGUCUGCCCGUUGUUUGCAAAAAAGAAGAUGAUGAAUCAAACCAACCUCAUGAAAGGAGGAAGCGCAGAUCAUCCAAAUUAAAACAUCAGUCUCGCACACAAAAGGAGACUCCAACGAAUGUGGAACAAAACAUGAUGAAGCUCGAAGUAGGAGAUUAUGGACGUCCGGUAAAGGCUGGAGCGCGCACGACAUAUAGCCAUGAACUGAUGAGAAGCUCUACAGGGAGCACAACCUCCGGCAUGCAACCCCAGCGCUACUCUUUGAGCACACCUCCGGCACUGCCACCCGUUAAAUCUCCUUCUUUCCGUGAGCAUGUUGUAGUCCGGCCAGCACACAGCCGUGAACUCGGUGGCAGCAGUACCACGGGGAGCACGUCUUCAUCUCCGCCACCUAUUAAGCCCUCCUCCAUCCUUGAGCAGAGGACCGAAGCCCAUCCUGCAGCCACAAAGAAUGUUGAGAACGGGCCAAUAAACCAUAGAUACGGCAUGGAGAAGAGGUCUGCCUCCACUUCGGGUUUUCGCAGGUUUGAUGCGAAACAGAUCCCUGGGCGAUGAGUUCGUACCUUCAUAGCUCGGUUUAUUGGUUGGGAAUUUCACUCUCACUGUUGCCACCCUUUUCAACUUACUAUAUUCAACUCUUAUUUGAUUUCAUUUGAUUUAUUGGUAAAAAUCAAAUCAAGGUAAAACUCUCUUGUUAUGCUUUACACUAUGGUUUAUGUCGUAUCACAAUCAUCAUAAGAUUGAUGUUCUGCAUCACUAACACGUACAUCCUUGUGAUUUUCGGUGGUUA